GGGGCUGGAGCCUGGCCCAGCUUGGCCCGGAGAGGAAGGGCCAGGCCUGGGCAGCUCGGCUCUGGCCGGUGCAGCCCGACAAUGACCCCGGGGUCAGGCCGGGCCCGGGACCCGCGGGGAGGGGAGCGAGGCCGGCCCACCACCCUCGCCCCGCGCGUCCGCCCGCCAGAGGCCCAAGGCCGGCUGUUACCUGCUGCCGCCGCUGCUCCGUGCGGGACCGGGGACGUUCGAGGCCAGCCGCGCCUCCCGGGCGCACCCUCUUACCGCGUCGGAAUCCGGGGAGGUGCGGUCGGCGCAGGGACCCGGGGCGCGCGGGGAACUGCGGACGGCGGAUUGGCGGACAAUGCGGCCCGCGCAGAACCGCGCUGCGCAAGUGGGGCCGGACGGCGCGCGCGUGGCCGAGUGUGUUAUGUGUGCGCCUGUCAGUCAACGCUGACAGACCGCAGCCCAUUGGUCAGACCCCGCCCGCGUCACCGCCCACUGCCACUGCCCAUUGGGCGGUUUGAACACAAAGGCUCCGGCUCGCCCCGCCCGCCGCGUGGGCCAAACGGGCGGGGCAAGGCCAGACAAGAAUCGCGCGUGGGAGGCGCGGGUGAGUGGGCAACCCCUGGGCGCUGGAGGACUCGGAUGGAGCCGGCAAGCGGGGGCUCGACCUGGCCUGACUUCGCACUUGACUCCCGGUCUGGUUGCUCAAAACACUUGAGCCCUGUCCUGGUACUGCCUCAUGCGCCUCACCCCACCCGCGGCCUUCUGGGGCCCAGCUCUCGGCAAGAUGACUCGACAGGGCCGGGGUGCCAGGACCUUAAAGCAGUUUUGCUCUCGGGGCCGAGGAGGCUGAAGCUAUUCACAAUUCGGGCAAUUUCUCCGCCUUCCUCUUCCGGCCUCUGUGUAGCAGCCAGCGCCCACCCCAGAUCCCCUGUCUCACGCCCCAGCCCACCCCCACCCCUAACCAGCAGCCGCCCUCCCAGGACAGGCUCCUUGGAUCCUGUACCACCUUCUGCCCCCCUGCCCCCCGGGACCCGUCAGCACAGGGCCACCUCCCGCUUCCCGCCCAACAGUCCCUCUGCCCGGCUGAGGCCUCUCGUGCUGUUGUCCUCUCCAGUGAACCCCAGUUCCAGAACUGGACUCUGGGUGAUUUUUGCAGCUUCCCCUGGCUGUCCCCGCUCCCCUCCAGACACCAUAAAGCUUCCAGAAUGAUCUUCCUUAAGCAGACGUUAAGCACCUGUGACUCCACUGGGAGGGACCCUCGGAGGCCUGAGCCUGGUUUCCUCCAGACGUGGCCCUCACACCCUUUCCCUUUGCUAAUCAAGCUCUGUAUCCUUUUGCGAAAAUAGCCAUGACUACGACUCGGCCAGGCCCUGUGAGUCCUCCUAGAGAAUCAUGGAACUGGGGUGUUCUGGGGCGCCCCAGCACACUGACCCUUCCUCAAAUACUCCGUGAAGGGGGCUUCCCUGGUGGCUCAGUGGUUAAGAAGCCGCCUGCCAAUGCAGGGGACACAGGUUCGAGCCCUGGUCCAGGAAGAACCCACAUGCCGCGGAGCAACUAAGCCCUUGCACCACAACUACUGAGCCUGCGCUCUAGAGCCCGUGAGCCACAACUGCUGAGCCCACACGCCACAACUACUGAAGCCCACGCGCCUAGAGCUCGUGCUCCGCAACAAGAGAAGCCACCGCAAUGAGAAACCCGCGCACCACAACAAAGAGUAGCCCUUGCUUGCUGCAACCAGAGAAAGCCCGCUGAAGACCCAGUGCAGCCAAAAAUAAAUAAAUUAAC